UCAAAGUUACCUCCACCCUGACCCUGGUCUUCCCCGUUGCCAUCCAUCGAUUUCUUCUGUUAAUCCUAACCCUAACCCUAACCCUAACCCUAAUCGCGCACUCUCCAGUGAUGAACGAGCAGCUGAAUCCGGUUCUCACGCUUUCAGUGUUUCCUUUGAGGGAAAGAACCUCCUCAAGGUUGGAGCUUGCUUGACUAAUAUUGAAAAGACCGGCGUCUUGUUUAUAGAAGAGACGCUGAAACAUAAUUGAGAGAUCCACUACGAAAAAAACGACUAAUCCAGAGAGAUGACACGGCAGCGAAAUCUUCUGGUAUGGAAACUGGGAAUAACUAACUACUCCACUGCUCUCAAACUCCAACAACAUCUAGCAUCUGAAAGAAAACUCGGUAAAAUUCCAGAUACCAUCUUGUCUCUUCAACACCCGCCAACAUAUACACUUGGGAAGCGAAGAACCAGUAACAAUCUACUAAUCCCUGAGUCUGAUCUCAAAUCCGUCGGUGCUGAGCUUCACUACACUGAAAGAGGAGGGGAUAUAACAUUCCAUGGUCCUCGUCAAGCUGUACUAUACCCCAUUAUUUCCCUUAGGGAUAUUGGCUUUGGUGCCAGAAAAUACGUCGAAGCCCUUGAAUCAACAAUGAUAGACUUAGCGUCUGUAUACAACGUCAAAGCACAGAGAGGAAUGAAAUGUGAGACCGGCGUUUGGGUUGGAGAUAGAAAGAUUGGUGCAGUUGGUGUUAGGAUAUCUUCAGGUGUUACGUCCCAUGGAUUGGCUUUCAAUAUUGAUCCUGAUUUGAGCUAUUUUAAGCAUAUUGUGCCUUGUGGGAUUGAAGGCAAGGAAGUAACUUCCUUGAGAAAGGAGGCGGAAGUGGAGAUUCUUGAUGAUGAGGUGAUACAUGAGCAACUUAUUCAGUGCUUUGCUAAAUUGUUGCGUUACACUGAUGUUCAAUGGAGACAGGAUAUGUCGAUGUUGUUUACUGAUUAUGAAGUCGAUUGAGAGGAAAUUGUAUUUGCCGUGUGCAUUUGUGUUGUUAUCCCUGGAAAUUCUUGUUGUGGAAAAAUCUAAUGCUAAUUGCUUUUAUGAUGAA